UUAUCAAAGACAUGCUAGAUGCCCGCUUAAUCACAGUUUGGAUGAGACUCCUCACAUCCAACUCUAUGUGGGCAACAUAUGAAAGAAAUAAAAUUCACUAUAUACUUGGUGAGAAAAGGAAUAUCUCUCCUACUCAGGCUUUAAACUCUGGCAAUACAAGCACGAAAGCUUGGCCCACAGAAUGGAAACCAUAUCUAAAGGCCUGGACAAGAACUAAAGGCAGGGUCCCCUCUACCUCCAACUGGCCGUGGAAUAGUAAUGAACUAAGAAUUGGAGAAAUCAAAAGAGACGAACUUUUAGUCAAAAAAAAUUUUAGAACUCUUAAAAGAAUCUUCUCUUUCACCAGCCACUCUACAAACUUCUCUGCAGGCGCCACAACACAUAUGGCUCUUGCUGAAAGACAGGGAACUGUACCUG